AGUGAUUUGUGUUUUGUUUUUAUUACCGAUUCUCCACGCUUUGUAUUUAAAUGUGGGCAGCCACGCGGCAGCCCACAUGUGCUAAUGCAAGACAGGCUCUUUUCAUAUAUGGCUGCAAAGUAGAACUCCUCUGUAAAAUCCAGUUUGAUAGGUACUAAGACCACAAAAAAAUGGUCAGUACUAUAUUAAUUAGAGAACAUUGCAAUUGAUGGGGAUGCUUAUGAUCUCUUUUCUUAAGAAUAAUAUGCCCUUUACUAGAGGAAACAUAUUUCUUCAUUGAAAAGAACACACCCCUGUGAUAAUGAAAGCGUCAAUAAUUGCAGUCAGUGGUAGCUGAUGAUAAUUAAUAGCACAUGGGACAAAAAUACUGCUUGGAUCUGGGUUGGCUGUGGGAUUUGGUUUAACCUUCAGUGCAGAGACUUUGAAUCUGAUGAAAUCAUAGUUGAACACAAGAAGGCAGGUUCUGUCAGCUGAAGUCAGACUGCCUGAAUAGGGUUGAGAACAGAUUUCCACGCCAGACGUUCUCCCUUCUCAAUGUGCUGGAGUAGUAUUUUAUUAGUAAAAUGAUGUUUCACUGGCGGCACAGUAGCUAUUGACUUGGCACCUAGGUUUCUCCUCUCUUCCCAUCUUUAUCUCGGUGCAAUGUUGCCAACCUCAAACAUUCAAAAAUCAGGAGGCAGCCCCAGAAAACCAGGAGACUGGCUUAAGAAUCAUGAGGGAGCGUUUUUUUGGUUGUUUUUUUUUUAAAUGUGUUUUGGGUUCAUUUUAUUUGCCUUCUGGUUUCUAAGUAUUUAGGUCACAGGUCCUAUUUUAAAGCUUUUCCCUACAACCAGGAGGAUUCUGAACUUAUUUUUCCUUUUAAAUGAAAGCUGAGAUUCUUGUGCAAUUGCUUAAUUUAGCAGCUGGGACUUAAAGAAUAACACCAAAUAUUGCGAGUCUCAUGAUAAAAAUGUGAGUUGGAAACACAUUGGGCAGAAUUCGUCCAUUUAUGCCACUCUUCUCUUUUUGUUUUUUCAUAUUUAAAAAUCCUGAUUGUGGUGGCGAGGGCUUCUGAGAUCCUAGAGGGUCUCUUCUUUGCCCAUCAGAAUGCAAUGGAGUGCAACACCAUUUCCCUCAUAACAACAAGUCAAAUGCCGCAGCUCUCUGAAUUUCACUUCUCUUACGCUCAUCCUCUUCAGGUCGGACUGGACACCUGUGUCUCUUCCCUCUGGGAGUCUGUGACCAGUGAUACACAGUGACAAACGGCCUUCUAAGAAAAAAACUUUGUGGUCCAAGAAUGAGCUGAGGAAGAGGCACCUAGAAUUUUGCUAUCAAGUCCUGCUUGAUAAAGUCACAGACGCCUUAUCUGCAGGAAAGUAUUAGUAUAAUCUCUACUGUCAAGACUCUCAUUAGAGGAAACACAAAUUGGGAAAAGCUAUCCUGGGGUUUCUGCACACCGCUGCAUUCCCCAUAAUGAAUGAAUCCUGCAGUCCGGAAGUCUGCUGCCCAACAAUGCCCUUUGAGGACAGCAGGAUACUGCUGGUUGUGUGCUACAGUAUUGUUUUUGCCUUAGGCUUGCCAGCGAAUUGCUUUACUACAUGGCUAACAUUUGUACAAAUCCAAAGGAAGAACGUUCUUGCCAUCUACAUUUUUGGCUUAUCGCUGUGCGAGCUGAUGUACUUGAGUACCCUGCCCCUCUGGGCUAUCUAUGUACAAAACAAACACAUGUGGGACAUGGGGUCAAUGGCUUGCAAGCUAACAGGAUAUAUCUUUUUCUGCAACAUAUAUAUCAGCAUUCUGCUCUUGUGUUGCAUUUCUAUUGAUCGCUAUGUAGCAGUGGUGUAUGCUUUGGAAUCCAAGGGGGCGAGGCAGCAGAGGACUGCAAUCUUCAUCACCUUCAUUCUCUUUUCUAUAGUUUUAGUAAUCCACUGCCCAGUAUUUAUUUUAAAAGAUGGCGAGCAGACUUCAAACCGUACAACCUGCUUUGAGACUUUGCCACUCAACUUACAAUUGGCUUAUUUCAACAUUUCCAGGUUCCUAAUUGGAUUUGCCAUUCCUUGCACAAUCCUCAUUUUCACAAACUACAGAAUUUUCCAAAGUACCGAAAUAAGCAGCAGCUUAGGCAAACGCCAAAAAGCCAAAGUGAAGUACUUGGCUAUAGCCAUCAUCACCAUUUUUCUGAUCUGCUUUGCUCCCUACCAUUUGGUGCUCCUGAUAAGAUCCAUAAACUUUUUUUUGCAUCAGAAGGACUCAUGUUCAUUUGAACACCGCAUAUAUUCUACUUCUGCAGUAUUUCUGUGUUUAUCCACUGCUAACAGUGUUGCUGAUCCAAUCAUCUAUGUAUUGGCUAGUGAACAUGCUAGAAAAGAUUUCUACACGAGUCUGACAAAAUGGAGAUAUCAAUCAUCCAUCAAUAACAGCCUUAAGCUGAAAAAUUCAAAAGAAUCACAGGAAGCAGCACACACAUCGGAAAAUCAAAAUGUCACCACACUUUCAAAUGAACAGUAGAGGUUUCAACCAUCAACAGUGCCUUAAUGAGGGUUCUGCUGGCAGUGAUUAAGGUGUCCCCCAAAAGAGAUGGAGGUCACAUGUUUGGGGCAUCACAUCUUGAUAUGAUGUUUGUCACAAUGCAUGGCCCCAGCACUAAGUUCCUGGAGGCUAUGUCAGAAGAGUACUAUUGCCUAUCAGAAGAGGGAUCUGCUGUCUGCCUCCCAACUUACUCAAACCACAGCCCACCAGUAUUUUAAUUCUAAACCACGCUUUGCAAGGAGCAGCUACAGUCAAUUGACUGAUUUCCUUCAAGUCAAACUAAAACUUGACAAAUUUAUUCUCAGGGCUCAAUCCUUUUCUCAUACACUUUCAGCACCAACAUUAGCUUCUAAGGGGACUUUUUAGUGCUAAUCAAAAAGGAACAUCUCAGGGUUUACAUGCAUGCAGUAGCAUUUUUAGUUAAACACUGGAAAUGGUAGAUCCAAAUUAAAGCCCUGUAAAUAUUUCUAAUAAGCUUUGACAUUUGGAUUUAAUUUACCUGACAUCAUCAGGGAAGGCAGAAAUCAAGAAGAGUUCCUUGCAUUAAGAGUUACCAUAAAUUAUCAGCUUAGAGCAUACAGAUAAAACCCCUGCAUCAAGCUACUGUACAGGUCUGGAAUCCAUGGAAAUGUAUAUUUCAAAUGUUUGAUUCUUUGUUUGUUCAAAUCUUGUACUGUACUUAACAAAUCUUGUAAGACGUAGUAGCAUCUAGUACAGUUAUGACUGUUUUUGAUGAUUCCUCCACAGUUUGUUUCAACUUGAACCUUAUAUCUGCAGGGUUUGGCUUGGCAUCAAUCCCUUGCAAAUAGAACUGCAGAGUCUAAGUUGUGAGCUGAUCCUUCAGUAUUAGUGUUUGGUCCAGGUACUAGCAGAUAGGAGUCCACGGCACUGUUGGCUGCCUUAUUAACAGCAAGGUAUUGAGACACUGAGACUGAUCUACCUUCUGGCACUACUUAAGAGCUCCCCGGGACAGGGUAGUGGUAUACUGGUGAGACAGAGUUGAGAAACUUUCAUUAUUGCUGGCUACACUGUACCUGUGAAUAAAUGGAGAUAUGUACUGUCCAGUGCCUUCAGUCCAGCAUAUCUCAUGAGGACAAAUUAAAAACACAAAAAAACGAAAACAAAUAAUUGUCAGAUGGCAGCACAUGGUCUGUGAUAAGAUCUCAUGCCUUACAGUCCCUAGAUAAAGUGGGCAAAAAGAUGACAAGAAAUCUUAUCUUGAAAUAUUCUUGGUAUUUCUUUAUUUAAAUUAGACUUUCAAUGUUCUUUUAAAAUACAGUAAUGUCAUUGUAAUUUAUUUGUACUGUUGCUCCAGUAUUUCUUUUAUUUAAUUAAUGUUACUUUCUUGGACUAAACCAGAAUCAGAUAUGACUGCAUCUUUACUGUAACAUUUAUUGUAACUUGUAUUGCCAUUUAAAUGUAUCAUUCUCUAUUCUUUUUUACAUUUUGAAAAACAUAUCUUUGAGCCAGCAGGACUUUACCUAAAUUUAGAAUAUUCAGGAGAAGAUGAAGUCCCAGUGGUGCAGAUUUUUGAUCCAGGCAUCAGAACAUUUACUUGAGCAUGGUUAGG